CCGAGGAGCGGGAGGCGCUGCGGCUGGAGGGGCGGCGGCGGGCGGAGGAGGCGGAGCAGCGGCGGGAGGCGGAGGAGGCGGCGCGGCGGGAGGAGCAGCGGAGGCUCUCGGCGCUGCGGCGGGAGCAGGAGCGCCUCGAGCAGCGGGAGCGGGCGCUGCGGCAGCAGGAGCGGCUGCAGGAGAAGCUGCGGGAGCGGGCCGUGGUGCGCAUCCAGGCCUGCGUGCGGGGGCGGCAGGCCCGGGUGCUGGCGGCGGCCAGGAGGCGCAGGGCCCGGGAGCUCGCCGAAGGCCGACGCGCGGAGGCGGAGCUGCGCCAGCAGGAGCGGCGGGUGCUCGAGGCAGAGCAGCUGGGCGCGGCGCGGCGCGAGGAGCGCGCGCGGCUGGAGGAGCGGCUGCGACAGCUGGAGGCGAGGCGGCAGCAGGAGCUGGCCAGGGAGCAGCAGGAGGAGCUCGAGCGGCUGGCCCGUCUGGAGCAGGCGGCCGAGCGCCGGCGCCGGGAGGACGCCGAGCGCGGAGAGCGGCAGAGGGCCCUGGAGCGGCAGAUGGAGGAGCACCAGCUGGCGCUGCAGCGCGAGGCGGCCGACCGGCGCCAGAGGCAGGAGGAGCAGGCGCGCCGCUGGCGCGAGCAGGAGCUCCGGCAGCAGGAGCACGACCGGCAGCUGCCGCGGCGCCCCGAGGCGGCGAGAGGCCGGGCGGCCGAGGAGGGGGCCACCGGGGGCACGGCGGCGCAUGGGCACGACGGGCAGCUGCAAGAGGAGGGCGGGGCGGAGGAGGGGCGGCAGCAGCCGCGGCGGCGCGGCAGCAGCGGCAGCAGCAGCAGCGGCAGCCCGCAGAGGCCACGGCCGCGGCAGCACAUGCAGCGGCGCCCCGAGGAGGCGGGGAGCUGGCCAGCCCAGGGGGGAGGUGCCGAGGAGCAGGGCAGUGGUCUGCUCGAGGUCACCGUGAGGACGAGGAUCGACGAGGCGAGGCGGCAGCAGGAGGUGGCCAGGGAGCGCCAGGAGGAGCUCGAUCGGGUGGCCCAGCUGCUGACGGGCUGGCGGGGCGGUGGGAGGGACGGCGAGCGGCGGGUCUUGGACGAGCAGGGAGAGGCUGUUGAGGAGCAGGGCAGUGGUCUGCUGGAGGCUGUCAAGCGAAGAGACCAAGAAGCAGUGGUGUCCCUCUGCUGCCUGAGGCGGGGUCUCGAUCUGGAGGAGGCGGAUGACGGAGGGCGUACGCCGCUGAUCGUCGCGAGUUCCUUGGGCCUCAAGGAGGCCGUGAAGGCACUGAUCGGCGCUCGGGCCAACGUCAACGCCGCCAGCGACUCCGCCACCACGCCGCUGAUGGCGGCGAGCCACUCCGGGACUGCAGAGGCGUCUCAGAUCGCUCGCCUGCUGUGUGCGGCCCGCGCGGCCGCGGACCAGCGGGACGGCGCCGGUCUGACGCCACUCAUGCUCGCAGCCCACAAGGGCAGGGCCGAGGUGGCCGAUGUCAUUUGCGGCGUGUCCGCGCAUAUCGAACGCACAGGACACGGAGGGCUGGACGGCGCUGUUCGUCGCCGCGCACCAGGGCCACGCCGCCGUGGUCCGCUGCCUCCUGGCCCGGGGGGCCGACCGGGCGCUCGCCAACCGCGACGGUGACAGGCCCGAGGAUGCAGCACGCUCGCAGGGCCGCCGCAGCGUGCUGCGGCUGCUGCUGGCCAAGGAUGGUCCCUCCAGCAUAGGUCUCGGCUCGCGCGCUGACCUCCGCGGGGAGUUGGCGCAGGGCGAGCGCGAGCGCGAUCAGUCGCUGGGGCGCUCGAGGUCGGCACAGGCCCUGGAGGACCGGCAGCGGCAGAGGGAGGCGGCCGAGCGCCGUGUGCGGCAGAUGGAGGAGAGCGGGCGCGCCGCAGCAGCCCUGACCAUCCAGAGCAGCUUCCGCGCCCGACGGGCCAGGGCUGCCGUGGCGUCGCUGAGGCAGCAGCGGAGGGACCUCGAGGAGGCCCAGCGGCGGGCGCGGACGGCGGACCGGCAGGCCGCGCGCCUGAGUCCAGGGCAGGCGCCCCAGGAAUCCCAGGACCGGCAGCGGCAGAGAGAGGCGGCCGAGCGCCGGGUCCGGCAGCUGGAGGAGAAGCGGCGCGCUGCAGCGGCCCUGACCAUCCAGCUAGCAGCUUCCGCGCCCGACGGGCCAGGGCUGCCGUGGCGUCGCUGAGGCAGCAGCGGAGGGACCUCGAGGAGGCCCAGCGGCGGGCGCGGACGGCGGACCGGCAGGCCGCGCGCCUGAGUCCAGGGCAGGCGCCCCAGGAAUCCCAGGACCGGCAGCGGCAGAGAGAGGCGGCCGAGCGCCGGGUCCGGCAGCUGGAGGAGCAGCGGCGCGCUGCAGCGGCCCUGACCAUCCAGCUAGCAGCUUCCGCGCCCGACGGGCCAGGGCUGCCGUGGCGUCGCUGAGGCAGCAGCGGAGGGACCUCGAGGAGGCCCAGCGGCGGGCGCGGACGUCGGACCGGCAGGCCGCGCGCCUGAGUCCAGGGCAGGCGCCCCAGGAAUCCCAGGACCGGCAGCGGCAGAGAGAGGCGGCCGAGCGCCGGGUCCGGCAGCUGGAGGAGCAGCGGCGCGCUGCAGCGGCCCUGACCAUCCAGAGCCACCUCCGCGCCCGAGAGGCCCAGGGCGUCGUGGCGGCGCUGAGGCAGCAGAGGCGGGACCUGGAGGAGGCUCGG